AUGAAGAAGGAGAUACCGUUGUACGAUAUUGUCAUUGUCGGGGCCGGCCCUGUGGGGUUGCUGCUGUCCGUCUCUCUUUCCAGAUGGGGUUACAAGGUCAGACAUAUCGACAACCGCCCGGUACCAACGGCGACCGGCCGAGCCGAUGGCAUUCAACCACGAACUCUAGAGAUGCUCAAGAACAUGAAGUUAAAAAGCAAAAUUCUGGCUUAUGACCCCGCCCGAGUAUUUGAAGUGGCUUUCUGGGAUCCCGCUCCCGGCGAGAAGAUCGUGAGAACCGGCACAUGGGCCAGUUGUCCCGAGUUCCUAGACGCCCGAUAUCCCUACACAGCACUUCUGCAUCAGGGACUGAUCGAGAGAGUUCUGAUCGAAGACCUGGAGAAAAACGGGACGAAAGUGCAACGGCCAUGGACGAUCACGCGGUUCGAAACCAACCACGUCAAUCCCGACUAUCCGGUGGAAGUCGACCUGAAGAACCUCGACAGCAACGUCACCGACACGGUGCGGGCCAAGUAUCUUUACAGCGGCGAGGGAGCGCGCAGCUUCGUGCGCGACCAACUGGGCAUCAAAAUACGGCACAAGGACCCUAUCUCACAUGUCUGGGGCGUCAUGGAUGGCGUCGUCCGCACAAACUUCCCCGACAUCAAGAUGAAAUGCACCAUCCACUCGGACCACGGAAGCAUCAUGGUGAUUCCGCGCGAGAACAACAUGGUCAGACUCUACAUCCAGAUCGCCAGCUCGACGGACCCCGACUUCUCGCCUCGCAAGACGGCAACUGUGGAAGAAGUGCAGACGGCAGCCAAACGCAUCUUCCAGCCCUACUACUGCGACUGGGACCGCGUGGAAUGGUACUCGGUGUAUCCGAUCGGGCAGGGCAUCGCGGACAAAUACACGCUGGACCAUCGGGUGUUCAUGGGCGGCGAUGUCUGCCACACGCACUCGCCCAAGGCAGGACAGGGCAUGAACACGGCGUUCCACGACGCGGUCAAUUUCGCGUGGAAGAUGCACCUGGUGGAAUCGGGCUUUGCCAACCGCGACAUCCUCUCGACGUACGAGGUGGAACGCAGAUUCAUUGCCGAGACCCUACUCAACUUCGACAACAAGUACGCCGCUCUCUUCUCGCAACGGCAGCCCACGGCCUCCGAGGUCAGCGAUGCGCACAAGCACGACGCGGGCGAGACCGAGAACGAGUUCGUCAAGAUGUUCAAAGCCAGCUGCGAAUUCACGGCCGGCUUCGGCGUCGCUUACAACGGCAACAUCUUCAACCACGGGCCCGAGCACCCGUUCCAGCACCCGCUGAUCAUCACGGGCUCGCCACAGCUGCGGCCCGGCCGGAUCAUGCCGCCGUCGAACGUGACGCGUGUGGUCGACGCCAAUGUCGUCCACCUGGAGAAUGAGAUCCCCUACAACGGCGCCUUCCGGCUGUUCAUAUACGCCGGGUUGAAGCAGUCGCCGAAGAAGGGCCAGCAUCAAGCCCUGCUCGAUCUGGCUACAGGCUUGACCGGGCCCAACUCCUUCUACACCCGCUUCGCCAGUGCUCACCGCAAGCUCGACAAUCACCACGACAUGGACAACCCGCAUUCCAGCUUCUUCUCGCUCUGCCUGACCAUGGCGGCGAAGCGGCCCGAGAUCGAAAUAUCCGAUCUGCCCGCCCUCUUCCAGGACUAUGCCGGCCGCGUCUACGCCGACGACAGAAAGGACAUGAGAGUGCCUAACGCCCCGGCCUCGGCGCAUGCCAAGAUGGGGCUCAAGGAGGGUGAGGGCGCCGUCGUGGUUGUGCGGCCAGACGGACACGUCGGUGUUGCAGUCAGACUGGUUGAAGGGCCUGGCACGGUCGAAGCGCUGGAGGGCUAUUUCCAGGGCUUUACGGUGCCGGAGGGGAAGGCCGUCACAAAGUCGCCGUCGUCGUCAGGGUUAGGUGGAGGGUCGGAGCAUGUCAAGGCUCAACUGUGA